GGAAAGUUGAAUUUCCAAAUACAAAAUCAGAAGAACAGUACAAAAUCGAGACUGGCAAUCGAAUCAUCGGGACCGAAACCUAGCUUCCGAUUAGAUGGCAUCCUUGGACACCGAUGUGACUAUGGUUCCGGCCGGCGAGGGCGAGGGCGGCGCCGGAGCGACGUCUUCCGUGGCAUCGACUUCAUCUUCGUCUAAGAAAGGGAAGAAAUUCGAGAUCAAAAAGUGGAACGCCGUUGCUCUUUGGGCCUGGGAUAUUGUGGUGGAUAACUGUGCAAUUUGUAGGAACCACAUUAUGGAUCUCUGUAUUGAGUGUCAAGCUAAUCAAGCUAGUGCAACAAGUGAGGAAUGCACAGUUGCUUGGGGAGUUUGCAACCAUGCAUUUCAUUUCCACUGCAUCAGCCGAUGGCUCAAAACUCGUCAAGUGUGCCCCUUGGACAAUAGCGAGUGGGAGUUCCAGAAGUAUGGUCACUAACCGCAUCCUUCGUGAAUGAAGCUACUGCCAAUCUUCUGCUCUGUUCAUAUUCGGAGAGCGAUGGCAGCAUUUAAGGCUGACAUGAUUUAAACUCAUGCAUUGUGAAUGCCAAGAACACUCUUAAAUAUUUGGUUUGCUUAGAUUGUGAUAUGUAAUAUGUAUACCUAUUGAGAUUUCCUUAAUUCUAUUUUGCUGCAAAAUCUAAGUGAUCACUUAUUAGCUGAUGUCAAUACCUGUGAACCCCUGAGGUGAGUAGAGAGAGUAGCCCCUCCCUGAUCAGAGUUUGGUACUUUGUGCUUUCAAGUAUUCCUACGUGCCUAUUUAUUGAUGAAAUUGCAAUGUAGUGCACGCCUUGUUAA